CUACAGGGAGCAGAGAGCACAAAGCUACAGCCACACAAGUGUUUGUGAAGACAUACAGCUAAAGGAAAACUAUGACGAGGGUCAGUCGUCAAACUCUGAUAACAUGUCUGUUGUUAUUCUGUGCAGUAACAAAACAGAUGGCAACCUCCGUAACCCCACCUUCAACUUCUGCAAGCCUUACCGAGACAUCAGCUGCUGGUGUCACUGAGAACACCAGCACCACUGACAUCACCCAAAGAACUAACACAGGCAUUACUCCCACAAGCGCCACCCAAACAUACGGCACCACUGACAUCACCCAAAGCACCAACACAGGCAUUACUCCCACAAGCGCCACCCAAACAAACAGCACCACUGACAUCACCCAGAGCACCAACACAGGCAUUACUCCCACAAGCGCCACCCAAACAUACGGCACCACUGACAUCACCCAAAGCACCAACACAGGCAUUACUCCCACAAACGCCACCCAAACAAACAGCACCACUGACAUCACCCAGAGCACCAACACAGGCAUUACUCCCACAAACACCACCCAAACAUACAGCACCACUGACAUCGCCCAAAGCACCAUCACAGGCAUUACUCCCACAAACGCCACUGAAACAAACAGCACCACUGACAUCGCCCAAAGCACCACCACAGCCAUUACUCCCACAAGUGCCACCCAAACAUACAGCACCACUGACUUCGCCCAAAGCACCAGCACAGGCAUUACUCCCACAAACGCCACUGAAACAAACAGCACCACUGACAUCACCCAAACCACCACCACAACGAUCACCACUCCUGGAAUCACCACCCCCCCAAGAGCCACCACCAGGGGUACCACUCUGGGGCAGGAUGAACACAAGCCCAAAGGUCUAAGCUCAGGAAGUAUUGCAGCCAUCGUUUCUUUAUUCAUUGUAUUGGUUCUCGUUGUGUUGGGAGGGCUGUACUACUACAAGAUCAGACGGACAAACUACGGUCGUCUCCUGGACAGCCAAGAUUACGGCAUGACAGGAAACUUCAACAACCCAAUGUAUGACCCCUAUGAUGCUUGACCUCUGAUCCCAGGGAAAUCCAAAGUCCUGCAGGCAGAGCCAGUCUGAUCAGAAUGUGCUAACAGUAUGUGAGUGAUGACUUCACGAUGGUCAGAUUUUUCAAGUGUUAGCUAGACAUCGAGCCAGUGUCACGCCAGUGCUCGAAUGCACUGAAUUUCUCGAACUGCUAUUAUAUUUCCAAUGUGACAAAAAAGUAUGUAUUUCAAAUAAUAGCAGCUACUAGCAUUUACUCAGGUACCUUUUCAAAGAGCUUUAGCUUCAUGAACUCUCAUAUCUGAUCACAUUUCUAAGAGUGGAAAGUCACAGGUUAUCUAGUGUGUUUGGACAGGUGUUAUGACUUUUGUCAGUGAAGAUCAGCUCAAGUGUAACAUUACAAGAGACACUGAAAAAACACGGACGGUAGCAAAUAAUAAAGAGCCAGCAGAGAAAACUUUCCAA